GCAGUGUCAACAAUACAUUUAUUAAAUUUAUUUAUUUAUUGCACCUCGCGCUUUUGAGUUAGUUGUAUUUGUGAUUUUAAAUGAAUUCAAUUGAUUAAAAUUAAGUAAGAAAAAUCUACAUCGAUGAUGAUCGCAAAUGCACCCGAUUCGCCUAUACAGGCAGAAGUUAUAUUUGUAAUAGAGGCUACUUCUUCGAAUGGAGCGUAUAUAAGCGAACUGAAAACGAACUACAUCAUUCCUACUUUAGAGUAUUUCCAUGGUGGCCCUUUGGAGGAAGGCGGUGGUACAGGUUCAGUGUACUGUAUCGUAACAUAUAAAUCAGCUGACUGCCAUCCUGAAGAUCCAGUUGACACAUAUGGACCAUUCAAAUGUCCGCAGGCUGUUAUAGAAGCAGUUGAUAAGUUACAAUUCAUAGGUGGACAUUCAGACACUCGAGCGUGUGUCACGGAAGGUCUUGCGACAGCAAUAGAAUGUUUUGAGGAAUUAGGACGGACAGACAUACCAAUGCACUUAUUGUUGCUGUGCUGCUCUUCGCCGUACGCGGCGUACGCUGGAGGCUUGGUCCCACAAGGUGUACCAGCGACAGUAGAACAAGCAGCUCGCCAGCUAUCCGAGCUCGGUGUACAGGUUUCCAUAGCGGCCGCCAAGAGGAUUCCCACAUUGCACUCGUUGUACGAAAACGCGGGCGGGGACCUGCACCAAGCACAGCAGAGGAAUUAUGCGAAGGACCCGAGACAUAUGGUGUUACUACGCGGCUACAGUCUCAAAGAGCGACCGCCCAGCCCCGCGCCGCCGCCGAUUCCCGACAUGCAGGGAGAAGUAUACCCGCAAGGACGCGGCAUGGCCGGCGUGCCCCCCGUGGGUGGGUCGCGCCCCCCCGCGCCCCUGUUCCCGCGGGGGGCGGCGCCGGGGCGCGCCGGUGCGUGGGCCCCCCGCCACCCCGCCUACCCCGCGCAGUCCGCGCUACUCACGCAGCUGGCGCAGCCCUCCUACCCGCCCCAGCAGGUGCCUGCGCAGGCUAGCCACCAACGCAUGCCUGGCAUGAUGGCAAAUCAGGGCCCGGGUUCAUCGACCCCGCCGGCCGCGCCGCAGCGCAGUUUCAUAUGGAGCGGCGUCAUCGAGUGGAUGGAGAAGGGAAAGGCUCCAGGAGACCAGCAGAAGACAACUAGGCACCUGUCCUGUCAGGUAUCAGCAGGAUCUAAAGAAGUGGAGCCCGAGCUGAAGGUGGAUACGUGGCCCAACAAGUUGCUGAUGCAGCUGAUGCCCAAACAGCUGAUCAGCAAUAUCGGCGGCCAGUACCUCAAGGACAGCAAGUCGGUGCUGUUCCACCUGCAGCCCAGCGAAGCCCUGGACGCGCUUACUAAAGUCAUGGUCAACGGAUUCGCGGGCUGCGUACAUUUCUCGCUGAUGUCGUCGCCACCGCAGUGUGACAUUAAAGUGCUAAUAUUGCUGUACACGCCCGACAAGAAGGCUUACCUCGGAUUCAUACCAAACAACCAGGCCACGUUCGUAGACAGGCUCAGAAAGGUGAUACAACAGCAGAAGAUUACGCAGAUAAUCAACAAGCAACUGCCGGCCGCGGGCGGCGCCUCCCCUGGCAUGUCGCCUGCCUUGCCCAGCUCCACUAUGGCCGCAACCGGAGCACUUCCAACCUCAGGAAUGUCGCAAGCUAGCAUGGGCGCGGGCACUAGCAUGGCCGGCACUAGCAUGCAGGGCGCUAGCAUGCCAGGAUCUAGCAUGCAGGGCGCUAGUAUGCAAGGUGCUAACAUGCAAGCUGCCAAUAUGCCCGGCGCUAGCGGCCUCGCCAGUGGAAUGCCACAAGUGGGACAGAUGCAGGCAGCUGGGGGGCAAUUGUCGCAUCCACAGGGCAUGAUGAUCAACCCCGGUAUGGGCGGGCAAGUUCCGCAAGUGGGUGGUAAGGGACCCCGGCCUGUGACCCAACUAGAUGGCUUGGAAGCAGCCAGGCAGCAGAACUUGGAGAAGAUCCAGCACCUCCAGCAGACUCUAGAAGCUGCCCACCAACAGCAGUUCAAGUCGCAGAUGGACAUCAUGAACCAUCUGCACGCGGCUCAGCAGCAAGAACAACAUUAUAAACAAUUGGAGGAGCAGCGCAAACACCAGAUCCAGCAGCAGCUGCAGCAGCAGCUCCGCGGCGCAGGUGGCGCAGGUGUGGGCGUUGGGGUAGGUGGGGGAGUGACCCACGCGGGCCACGCCGGACACGCGGCACACGCGGGCCACGCGCGACUCAUGCGGCCCCUUCUGCCCUCCAACCCCGGCCUGAGGCAUCUGCUGCAGCAGGUAUAUAUCUCAUAUCAUUUGUUACGGAGUGGAGUACAUAGACGCGGAAAGCAGAAUAUGGCUGACGUGGUUCCUGACGCUCGUCCUCGUGACGUUUCUGUUGCCCGCCGUCAUUAUGAUGACGCUCUCCGUAUCUCCACCACCGAGAGGUACAGGGUUCGAAUCCCGGUGGAGGCAGAUGUUCGUUUGAUGAAUGGGAGCAUUUGUACUCCAGUCAUGGAUGUUCAAUAUGUAUUUCUAUAUAAAUAUACUUGUAUAUAUAUUAGAUAUGUAUGUAUAUGUAUUCUAACCGUUACCUUGGCAUCACUUAACACAAGCCUACUGUGCUUACCUUGGGGCUGACCAGGCAGCAGACUGGACUCGAACUCGUACCCUUCUCUGUCCGGGCGAAAGCACACUGUGGGUUACCUAUAAUGCGAAGAGAUAGCGCUGCCUUGCAGCCUAAAAAGUACUAGAGAAAAUUUGACACCGCCAUCAGGGCCGCGGUAGCAUAAUAGUCAAUUCAUUCGCCCGGAUAGCGAAGGAUGUGGGUUUGACUCCCGUCUGCUGCCUGGCGUCGAAGAUUUUCUAGUAAACUUUCUUUAGAUUUAAACACCUAGCAGUGAAAUUAAAUUAUUAAUAAAUAAUCUACUAUAUGAUUAAAAAACAUUCAAUAGUAUUUCAUACACAUACACUACACAUUGUGACCCAAAGCGAUGUGUUUUAGCCAUUGAAGUAUAAAUUCAAGUAGACUCACAAUCGAGCUCAAAAAGUGUCGGAGGCAAAUUUACGCUCACACUUCUAUUGUGCGUAAUUUUCAAACAGUUGACAUUGAAUUUUAUUGCCACGAUGUGACGUGUCAUUUUAUAUAAAUGUGUUGAUGUCAGUCUGUACAAGUUGAUGUUGAAAUGGUUUAAGUAUAGAACACAUAGAGGUAUAGGAAAACAGUAGAUAUAGACUCUAUUACAAGUGGAAGUGUCCC